AAUAUAAAUGUAGCGGGCUUGCUGUACGGGGGCGCGUGUGCUUUAAGCGGUUCUCCGGUCCCGGGCGCUCCGGACACCCACGUCAGCAAAACGUUUUUCCAGCACAAACGGGUUUCGGUCUUUCGGGCAAAGCAGGAAGUGAAAGCCGUUCGCCCUGAUAACAAAAGCUGGAGAAAUACAUCCAAAGUAGGCAGAGAAAUGGAGAUGGUUUGUGAAAGUGGGACAUGUCGACCGUACAGGAGUUCGGGUGACGCGGGGCAUCUGUGAGUAUUAGGCUAUGUUUAAGAGAUUGGGGAAACGGUGCCCGGGUAAAGAGGGUGGGCGACGGGGACCAGCACGAGGCUCGUCCGAACUCAGGUGAUUUGAAACAUGAAGAUGCGAUGAAGGUGUUUACAAAGCCGGGUGUUUUGCGGUUUAAAAUCCAGUCUGGAGUGUUUCUAGCUGAGGUCGGUUCGGUGGGCGGCUCUCCACGGACGACAGGGCUCCCGUCAGAAACCACCCCACUGCCUCUUCUCUCUUAUUUGACAGGUUUGAUUCGUAAUGUAAGAAAUUAUAUGCCUGGUCAAUGUUUAAAUGUCCUUUUAGAUAAUCACAGGCGUGUGUGCGCGUUACCUCAGGUAUUACUUUCUCCGGCGGGCGUUUUGCACAUAUAGGGCGCAGUGACUUUAAUAUUAUAAUUGACUUUUCUAGCGUUUUCUCUGUUGCUACGUUAUGUCUUUAUGUUAAUUGGGUUGGUUAUUUGUUUAUUUCUAUAUGUCUUGCACGGUAACCCAGUUUUUGUAUUUGUGUGCGCGUGCUGCAAGGGAACCAAUGAUAAGAUAUUUUAGCAGCAACAGCGUCGCCAAUUUUUCCUUUAUUGUAAUAUUUUUCAUGUUUUAAACACGCGUUUCUCUUCUUUUCGCCAUCUUUCUGUAUUUAUUUCUCCUUUUCUCUCUCCCUGUUUCUCUCCCUCGUUACCCGAUGCGCAAAGUCGGGUGUUGCCCCUUCCACAGCGAAUGUACAUAAUUGACAGAUGUGUCAUCCAAUCAGAGCACAGUGGGCGGAGUUUAUCUGCCUCUUCGUGAAAUAAAAUCGCUGCCAUUACAUCACACAAAGGCAAAGCACAACACUGGCACUGCACAUACAAGCUGCAGGAAUAAUGCCUGUUCACAAAUGGACCAGUGCUGAUAUGUCAGCCAUUCACCAGAGCUGUUUGCUAAAGCAGCUGGACCAGCAACGACAGCAGGAAUUGUUCUGUGACUGCAGUGUGCUGGUGGAGGGUCAGAUUUUCCGUGCACACCGUAACGUCCUGUACGGCAGCAGUGGAUAUUUCAGGAUGUUGCUGUCUCAAGGAGCUAAAGACACUCUAGAGUCUGUAAAUGCUUCUUUUGAUGUCUUCAGCCCUGAGAUCUUUGCCAUCAUCCUGGACUUCAUUUACUCUGGUCAGCUGGAGCUCAAUAGCUCUAAUGUAAUAGAAGUGAUGUCAGCCGCUAGCUACCUGCAGAUGAAUGACGUCAUUUCCUACUGCAAGGCCUUCAUUAAAUCUUUCCUUGAGAUCAGCACAAAAGAGGACGAUGAGAGUCGGUAUUUGUGUCUGUCAGACAGCAGUCCACUUCAGGACAGACGUGAGAAUGUCAUCGAUCCAUCCAACAUGUGUGACGAAAGCAUGAGCUCUCAGACCGGACUCUGGGAUCAAGCAGAGGAGGAUCAGACACAGGAAGACUUCAGUGGAACAAGCCCACAGCCAUCAGGGCUUCAGCAGAACUCUCCUCCACAGUCCAGUCUGGAGGGGCAAAUGGAGGAGGAGCAGUUCAGCUCUGUGCUCUCUGAACGCAGAAGAAGAGGAAGCAGGAAAAGAACUGCCAGCAUUCGCUUAGUAACAGAAGACACCUCUCUCAUUGACCUGCAGGGGGUGGUAUCACACUGCUCUCAGAAAGCAGACGAACUGUACGCCAACCUUCCGUCUAUUGUUGGGGUAGUUGGGGUGUUUAAUAAAGAUUCCACUCCCUCUAUGCGUUACAAAUGUCCAUUCUGCACGCACACAGUAAAGAGAAAGGCCGACUUGAAGCGUCACCUCCGCUGUCACACAGGUGAGCGUCCUUAUCCCUGUCAGGCCUGCAGCAAACGUUUCACUCGCCUGGAACACCUGCGCAGCCAUUUUGAGACGAUCCAUCAGGCCUGUAAGCUUGUGUGCCGGAAGUGCAAACGCCAUGUAACUGAAGUCACUGGGCGAGUGGUAUGUGAGGGAACCCGCAAAUACAGGCUGUGUGACGUUUGCAUUCAAGAGAGCGGCUACAGUGAGUUGAUCACAGAUGGGACUGAUGGAAAUGAGGAGAAGGAAGGCCUGUUGUUGGGUGUGGAAGAGGACAUGAGUGAGAACAGGCAAAUUGCAUGGGUCAUGGACGACGAUGACCUCGCAGAAGAUUCUGGGGCAGAUCUCAUAAUCCAGGAAGUGGAGGACAGUGACGAGGAAGCCAGUGGAAAGUGAUGACAUGCUUGUGGUUGUGUGUGAAAGGGUGAAUGGGCAAAAGCUGUCUUCCUGGCAGUUUAAGGCCUGUUAAAAUUUCAUAAGGGAUAUGAUUGUGCGUUUUUGUACAAAUAAAAACACUUUCUCAUUGAAAAUCUAAAGUAUUGAAAUAUAACAGCUUUUAUAAAAGUACAAGUAUAUUUCUGUAAUUUAAAGUAUAUUUAGUUUAUUUCAAAAAGGCAUUUAUGGGCAAAAUGACAAUAUGGAAAUUUAAUUUAGAUACAUGACUGAUACAAUGGGACAGAUUCUUCUGUAAUUAAAAAAAACUGCAAUGUUCUAGUUUCGACUUUAAUUUUUCAAAGCAGUUUUAAUUUUUCACAUUAGAUUACUACAACUUUAGUUAAUGCCAAGGUUUACAUUUAUCAUUUAAUGAACUAUGCUUCAUGGAGUCCACGUGACCUGCUUUGUGUGAUGUGUAACAGACUCAUUUAUUUAUUUAAAACAAAACGAGUUACAUUGUUACCAGUCAUAGG